AUGCCAAGUGAGUGCGCAGUGUCCGUUCGUGCUAUAACGAGGAUAGAGAUCGGGCAUGGCGGCUCGUCAGUGGUGCGCGUGUGCCGGCACCGCGCCACGGGCGAGAGGUUCGCGUGCAAGAGCAUUCUCAAGGACAACCUUCGAUGCGCCGCUGACGUGGCAGACGUCCGAAGAGAAAUCGAGGUGUUGGAGCAGCUGGGGCACCACGCGCACAUCGUGCAGCUGCACGCCACCUUCGAGGACGUCUCAGCCGUCCAUCUCGUCAUGCAGCUCUGCCACGGCGGCGAGCUCUUCCACGAGAUCGUGCGCCGCGAGCGCUUCUCCGAGGCGGACGCCGCCGUCGUCUUCCGUCAGCUGGCGGAGGCGGUGGCGUUCUGCCACGCGCGCGGCGUGCUGCACCGCGACCUCAAGCCCGAAAACAUCCUGCUGCUGCACCCCGUGGCGGAGGGGGAGGGGGGAAGCGGGGCGGAGGGGGGAGAUGGGGGUGCGGGGGAGCGGGGAAGUGCGGCAGUGGCGGCGGUGGAGGAUUGGAAGCCGCGGGAGCAGGCGGACGACGAGGGGAACGACGGGGGGUUGUCCCCUCUGGAGCAACAGUGGCCAGGGUCGUCCGUCACCCCUCCCAACCACUCCCCACACACCUCUCAAUCCAGCACGCCCCCUCCCGGCCAUCUGCUCCGCCACUCCUCGCUCCCCUCCCCCUCCUCCUCCGCCUUCCCCACCUCCCCCCUCCGCUGCCUCCCCACCAUUGCAGAUCCUUCCCCAACCCCUCCAACGUCCCCUCCCCCUUCCGCUUCCGCCUCCGCCUGUCCGCCCUCCCCCUCCCCUCCGCCGCCCCCGCUCCACGUGAAGCUGGCGGAUUUCGGGCUGGCGCUGCACCUGGGGCCGGGGGAGCGCGCGCAGGGCUUCGCGGGGAGCCCCUUCUACGUCGCGCCAGAGGUGCUGGCGCGGCGCUCCUACGACACGUCAGCAGACAUGUGGAGUCUGGGCGUGGUGCUGUACUCGUUAUUAGCAGGCGACCUGCCGUUCGUGGGCGACACGGAGAAGAAGGUGUUCCGCGCCAUCACCAAGGGGCGCCUCAACCUGCAGGCGCCCCCCUGGCCGUCCGUCUCCGCGCCCGCCAAGGCGCUCAUCCGCCGCCUGCUCGACCCCAACCCCGCCUCGCGCCUCUCCGCGCCCCUCCUGCUGCAGCACCCCUGGCUCGCGCACACGCCCCUGCCCCCUGCGCCCGCGCUGCCUGUGCCGCAGCCUGUGGGCGCGCGCGAGGGGGAGCCAGCGGCCAUGGGCGCGAGCCCAGCGGGGAAAGGGGCGGACUGGAGUGACGAGCGCGCAGGCAGGCCCGCGCCCCAGUCGCCACGCACGCCCUCCCCCCGCCGCGCUCCCCCACCCGUGUCCGCUGCUCGCUCUGCCGCGUCUGCUGCUGCGUCGGCGCUGAGGAGGGCCGCCAGGCACGCCGUGUCAGGCGGUGCUGCGGGCACGGAGGAGGACGGGGGCUGCCCAGGGGAUGGCACGGAGGAGGCUGGCAGUCGGCACAGCGGGGCGGGAGGGGCGUGCGGGGCAGCAGGGACAGGGAGGACAGGCAGCAGUAUGGGCGGCAGUGCGGGCAACACGCCAAACAGUGCCGUGCGCAGCCUAGCAGCGGCGUUUGGGAGGAGCCCAGGGGCGAAGACAGAGAGCGCCAAGGCAGAGGGGGGAAAGGGCGGGGCAGGGCAGUCGGGGGGGGUGGGCAGCGGCACGAAGCGCAUUGUGAAGGCGCUGUUCCGCUCGCUCUCCUCCCUCGCCUCUGACUACCGCCGCGGCCGCCUCUCCUCGCUGGGGCUGGCCGGGGGCACUGCAGGCGCGGAGGGGGAGGGCGCGGGGAAGAAGGCGGGCGCGUGGGGCGACUGGGGCAGCGCCAGUGGCAGUGGCGGGGCGAGUGGGGCGAAGGCGGCGAGUAAGGGAUCCGGGGCGGGCAGAGUGAAGGAGUGGAGCAGCGCGGCAGAUGCUCGUGUGCCAGGGCGAGCCAGCUUUAGCAGCAGCAGCAGCAGCAGCAGCAGCGCAUGGGAUGGUAACGCCAGGGGGAACGGCAGCAACAUGCAGAAAAGCAUAAGCAGCAAUCACUGGCACGUUGCUCAGCCCCAAGGCGAGGGUGUGAGUGCUGGGUCCAGCGACGCGAGUGGCGGUACUAGCAGCAGCACCUUUGGUGGCAGUGCUAGCGAUGGCAACACCAGUGGUGGCAGCGCGAGUGUGAAGGCCGUUGGUGAGGUUCAGAGCACAGCGGGCAGCAGAGACAGUGGUGGCGCGAACACAGCUGCCCCUCGAUCGCCCGUCCUUUGUGCUCCCUCUCGUGCCUCCGUAGGUUCCCCCUCACUUGCUCCCUUGCACAGCGCUCCACAUGCCACGGCACAUGCUGCAGCCCCUGCCAUGUCCCUUGAUGACCGUGUCCCUACUGAGCCUGUCCUCACUGAGCCUGUCGCCGUGAUCCUCCCCAGCAACGAUUGCACUGGCUCUGCUCCUGGCGCUGGUGGUGCCGAUGCCGGUGCUGCUAUCGCCACGGACAAACUUGCUGCUGCUGUGUCAAGUCAAGGAGCAAUGGAGGUUGUCGCAGCACCAGCAGCAGAAGCAGCAGGCGAGUCACAAUCAGAAGGAGGGCGAGUGGAAGGCGCAGUGCAGGUGGCAGCAGGGGCAGGAGAGAGCGCCUUGCAUGGAAGUGCAGAGGCGUGUGCGGUGGAGCCAGGCGGCAGCACAGGGGUCGAGAGCGGUGGAGCAGUGGCGAGUGAAGGACAAGGGGACGCGAAGGGCAGCAAUGGCAGCAAUGACAGGAUUGGCAGCAGCACAGACACAGGGGAUGGAAGUACAGUGGCAGCUUCUGGCAGCACACUCAUGCCUAAACCCGAAGCCACAUCCACACCCAUGGCCGCACCCACACCGACUACCAGUCCCGAGCCCUCACACACGCCACUAGCUGUUGCUCUGGCUGGUGCCGUUCAGCAAACCGCCAGUGAGCCAUCGACUGAGCAGAGAGAGGAGGGUGGAGAGAGAGAGACGGGUGGCAGUGUGAGUGGCGAAGUGCAGGCAGAGAGCAAGGGCAGGGGGGGCGGUGCAGGCAGUGCAGCGGAGAACAGCAGGGAAUUCGUCCCCGUGGGAGUGCAGGCGCGCUUAGAGGCAACCGCAGCAGUCCCUCCAGGACCUUUGAGAGUGCACGUGCCCGUCCCAGAUGGCAGUGCUGUAGCAGGCAGUGCUGUAGCCGGCACUGCUGUAGCAGGCUGCACAGCAGCUUCAAAACCGGGAGCAGCAGCAGUAGCAGUGGUUCCCCCAGGGGUGUCGUGUGUGGGGGAUGCAGAGUCCAGCCUGAAGCAGCUGCUGCACCCGCUGCGCCUCUCCCCCCGCCGCUCCAUGCGCCGCUCCCUCAGCAGCAGCAGCAGUGGCAGCAGCAGCCGCAAUGGCGAGCUCCGCAAGGAGAGGAGGGGCGAGCUAAUGGGCGGGCAGGGGCAGGAGAAUGGGGGAGGCGGGGGCGGGUCGGAGCAGGUGGUGCAGGCAUGUGUGGCAGCGCCGUUCAAGUGGCGACCGCUCAAGGGCAGUGUGAGAGGCAGGCUGGGGUCCGGCAGGGCUGCUGCUCACGUGGCUCCUCAUCUCCACCACUGA